UCACUCCAGAGGACACAUCUCCAUUGCUCUAGAAUCCAGUGGCGGCGUGCUUUACACGACUGCAUCCGACACUUUGCAUUGCACUUGGUGAUCUCGGUCAUGGAGCUGCUGCAUCCAUGCCAUUCAUUCCAUGAAGCUCUGUAUGCACUGUUGUGCUAAUCUGAAGGCCACAUGAAGUUUGGAGGUCUUCAGCUAUUGACUCUGCAGUCAGUUAGCGACUUCUGCGCACUGUGCGUUUCAGCAUGUACUGACCCUGCUCUGUCAUUUUACGUGGCCUACCACUUCGUGGCUGAGUUUCUGUUGUUCCCAGUUGCUUCCAUUUUGUUAUAAUGCCACUAACAACUGACCGUGGAAUAUGUAGUAGCAA